CUGCCCCCUCCGCUGAGACGGGAGGGGAGGCGGCGGUUCGAAGCGCACAGGCUGCUCGGCUCCCAGGGUCGCGCAGCGCCCCGCGCCCCUGUGCCCGUUCGAGGCCCCGCGGGCCCCGCCGGCCGCGCCCCGCCCGCUCCUUCCGCGGGCGCCCCGCCGCGCAGGGACACGCCGGCAGGUUCGCGCCGCGCUGGCGUGACGCGGCGGCUCCAGCCGCGGCCGGGCACGCCAUGCCAGAGUUGCCGAGGCUCCCCGAGAUGAUUCGGUCCCUCAGCGCGUGCGAGGGCGCCUUGGAGGACCAGCUGGAGGCAGCCUCGCCGCCGCACGAGUGGCAGCACCCGCCCUCCUUCCUGUGCCCGAUCUCGCAGCAGUGCAUGCACGACCCCGUGGUGCUCUCGGACGGGCACACGUACGAGAGACAGCACAUCGAGCGGUGGCUCUCCCACAGCACAACUUCGCCGGUGACCCGCUUGGAGCUCUCCAAGACGGGCAUCUACCCCAACCACGCGCUGCGCAACGCCAUCGACGAGUACUUCAACGAGGUCUUCAGCGUCCACCGGCGGGCCAUCCGGCGGACCGUGCGGAGCCGCCGCGGUAGCAGGGACCUCACCGCGGACGGCCCGCUCGCACGCACGCUGGACGCGCUGAUGCAGAGCUCGCUACUGGUGAACGCCGACCACAGCGUGGAGUACAUCCUGCGCCAGAUAGUCGGCGAGGCCAAGAAGCUAGUCGGCGCGGAGGCGGCGUCGGUCUUCCUGGUGGACGCCGCGCGGCAGGAGCUCUACUCCACGGUGAACUCGACAAACGAGGAGCUGCGGAUCCCCAUUAACGCCGGCAUCGCUGGGCAGGUCGCCACGACGGGCGAGGCGCUCAUCAUUAACGACGCGUACGCGGACGUCCGCUUCAACAAGGCGGUCGACAGGAAGACUGGCUUCAGGACGAGGAACAUUCUGUGCGCUCCGCUGAAGGUGAGGAAGGGCGACGUCAUCGGCGUGGUGCAGCUCAUCAAUAAGACCGGCGGCGGCGUGAUGGCCCUGGACGGCCUCCCGGGCGCGCCACAAGAGGGAGCCGACGAGCCCGCGGGCGGGAGCCGCCCGUUCACGGAGGACGACUCGCACUUCUUGCAGGUGUUCGCCCUGCAGGCGGCCACGGCGGUGGCCAACGACAUCUCCCACGAGCUGUGUCAGGCCGCGGCGUCGAGCUCUCCCCAGGGCUGA